CCUUAAACACUCUCCGUUUCUAUCCUCUUUCCUGCCACCUCUAUCAUGUGUUUCCAAACUAUUCCGGUUCUCUCUCAACCACGCUCUAACGUCCCACGCAGACGGCAACGUAAUCCUGCUAACCUGCGCCUUAUCUCUACCUCCUUCACUACACCUCUUUCCUUCUCUGUGGGUCUCUGGAAUUGUCAGUCAGCUGUCAACAAAGCUGACUUCAUUUCUGCUUUUUCUUUAAAAUCCACGCUCAGCAUCUUGGGCUUGACUGAGACCUGGAUUCGUCCAGAAGACUCAGCAACCCCAGCUGCUCUCUCUACUAAUCUCUCUUUCUCUCACACCCCCCGGCAAGUUGGCCGGGGUGGAGGCACUGGUCUGCUCAUUUCUAACAAUUGGAAAUACUCAACCCGCUCUUCCCUAUGCAAUUACAACUCAUUUGAAUCUCAUGCCAUUACUGUAUCAGCUCCGAUAAAACUCCAGAUCGUGGUCAUUUACCGUCCCCCUAGCCAAAUUCUAGCCACCUUCCUAGAGGAGCUGGACGGGCUGCUGUCCUCUUUCGUGGAGGAUGGCACUCCACUCCUAGUCUUUGGUGAUUUCAACAUUCACCUAGACAAGCCUUAUGCUACAGACUUCCAUGCACUCCUAGCUUCGUUUGAUCUCAAACGCCUUACCACUACUAGCACGCACAAAUCAGGCAACCAACUUGACUUAAUUUACACACGCAAUUGUACUGCAGAUAACAUUCUGGUACAACCGCUACAUACUUCGGACCAUUUCUUCAUUACAUUUACAUUACACUUUGCUUCUCCUGUGCCACCAACCCCCCUACCAGUUACUUUUAGACGAAACCUGCGCUCCCUUUCUCCUUCCCAUCUUUCCUCUGUGGUAUCCUCCUCUCUUCCUUCACCCACCCAUUUCUCAUCUCUGGAUGUAAACGCAGCUACUGAGACUUUAUGCUCUACCUUAACCUCUUGUCUAGACGACAUUUGUCCUCUCUCCUCUAGGCCCGCACGGGCUGCUCCUUCCAACCCCUGGUUAUCCGAGGUUCUUCGUGAACAUCGGACUACACUCAGAGCGGCAGAGAGAAAAUGGCGCAAAUCAAACGAUCUGUCGGACCUCAAACGACAAACUGGAUGCUAAACAGUCAGGUUUCAGGAGGGGCCAUUCAACUGAGACUGCGCUUCUCUCGGUCACUGAAGCCCUGCGAAUUGCAAAAGCCCAUUCCAAAUCAUCAGUCCUCAUUCUGCUGGACCUAUCUGCCGCUUUUGACACUGUCAAUCAUCAGAUACUCCUGUCCACCCUCUCAUCACUGGGCAUCUCUGGCAUUCCACUUCGCUGGUUUGAAUCCUAUCUCACUGGUAGGUCUUUCAGGGUGG